AUGUACUCGAUAUUUCAGAUAGCGAGUUUGGCUGUUACGACCCCGGGUCGACUUUGUGGGAUUACGGUAUGGGGGUGGGUGUUCACAAGUCUGCUGUCGAUAUUCCUUACCAAUUGUAUCGCCAUCAAUCUACUAGCUGUGUUCGUGCACGAAUAUAGAGGAAGAUAUAAUUUGGAAAAGUAUUACGUUCCGAUUUCUUUUAUUUUGGCACUUACAUUGUCGUUAGUACCAGUUUCAGUGGACAUGUAUGGGUGGGACGAGCCAGAAUCUGUAUGCUGGUUUCGUGGCUCAGGCGAAAGGUUCAAUAUCAUGUGGCAAUGGUCAACUCUCUUUGCAUGGCAACUACUUUCAGUUGUAUAUUGUAUAUUUGUCGUCAUUGCCGUCAUGGUUAAGUUAAAGUCUGCCAAGCACAAGUUGGCAAACACUUCGCAAAAAUCCCAGGCCAACCAAUCGGCGGCUAAUAAACUAAAUUCGGUCAUAAAACAAAAAAAUUUCAUUCUAGUCGUAGUGAGAAAAGUAAUGUGCUAUCCACUUGUGCCAAUUAUUACACAAACACCCAACUUCCUAGUAGAGACAUUGGCAUAUACCGAUCGAAAAGUUAACUACGAGUUGCUUCUGAUGACCUACGUAUGUUCAAGUAUACAAGGUAUUCUGGAUGCGCUUGUAUUUUCUCAGGAUGUUGCUGUGGCGAAAAGUCUUGAUAACCUUAGUAUCUAUUUUUGGAAAAAAUACAUAAAUCCAUACGAAGAACAAUAUCCACACAAGUCACACAAUAAGGCGAUCGCACCGACACGCAAAAAUACAUUAGAAUUGAAACCACCGGUUACAUCUGAAUCAUAUACAAAUUCAAGCUCACCGAUUAUCGAAGUGAAAGACGAUUAUCAAAGCCAACCCAACUUUUUGGAAUGGUUAAGGUACAAUUUGAUCAUCAAAAUUUUUAUGGCGCCAACCUGUGAAGCGGUUGAGAAUACGAAAACAUCGGAAAAAAGUCCCGAGACAUCGCAACAUGAAAUGCAAGCUCUUCAACAAGACAGAUUAGAGACACUCGCCACAGAAUGUUGCGACGACGAUGUAACAGACGAUGAUCACUUAAAGAACAAACAGUCGAUAUCAUCUUUGAAAUCUUCCUCAACUACUUUAAGCUUUGCUGGCGACAUAUCCAACGAGACAACCGCAAAUGGCCUUUUAUCCGGAACUCAACUACAUCCACAGUCCGCAUUAUCGCAUUCUCAAUUCGCGUAUGUUGGUCUACAUCGGCGCUCAACUUCAACUCCUUGGGACUCUAUUGGAAAUGAGAAUCCAAUGCCAGUGUCCAUAGUAGAAAACUUUGUAUCGUCAUCAGUACAUAUCCGGAUAGAGAGUGAAGCAAGUUCGGUUGAGCGUAAUGAGAGAGAACAAAGAGAGCUUGAGUGUAUUGUAAAGAAACUGUAA